AUGGCGGACAUUUUAUCAUUAAAAGAACCUGUUCUGGUCUACUUAGACAGAAGUGGUGGUCUACAGAGACUGAUUGAAGACUGCAAACGAUUUAACGGUGAGCUAAAUCUGCUGCAAGGUAAAUAAGAAGUCAGCUAACGCCACUUUUAUUCAGCCGCACUUAAAUAAUGAUUUUCUCAUUCAUUCAGACCCCCAACAGAUUGAGGCAGUGUACAGGUUUUGUAUUAGUGUAAAUCCGUCUGAUGUGAUGGAAGUGGAUGCUGUUUUGGGAGACUGUGUUCUUCAGGAUCCUCUAAAAGCCACAGCGUUGUUUCAGUCUGUGAGUGAAACUUUUGGUUAGCAAAUUGAAACUCGCAGUCAUAUUUCACUGAUAACUUACAUUUGCCUACUUCCUCAUUUAGGUUUGCUUCCUGGCCAUUAAGACACUCUCACUUCUUGAAAAAAUACAUACAGAGAACCAGGUAUGAAAGAUUAUGUGUGUGGAUGAAGGAUGUUGAUAUCAGCUUAAUAAUCAGCUCAUACAGCAUCUGAUUGUACCUUAUAGGUAAAUGUGAUACUGAAGUUAACACACCUGCCUCCAUUCCCUGAGUACAUGCUGGAUCUUGGUAGUUUUCCUCGUGGAUAUGGUCCUAUGAGACCUGUCUCCAUGGAGGGCCUGGUCAUUGCCAUGACGAGGGUCACCAAAUACACCCAGGGGGCCAGGUUCCUCUGCAUGAAUGAUGAUUGUCCCUGCUCUAUAGGUACAUCAGGAGGGGGACAUUGACACUGCUUAACCUUUGUUUUCUCUUAUGGCCUCUAGAAGUUUUUAAUAAGACAGAGGUUAGAGUGACAGGACAGUUUAUAGGGGAGACCAGUGCUUGUUGUCACACUUUUUACACUCAUAUAUUUCUUGGAAUCAAUACAUCAUAUAUAAACAAAAUGUGCAUCAAGACCAAAGGUAUUGUAGUUGACAUUAAAGUCCUUUAUUGUAGUCCAGAUUGAUUUAUUAGCAAGGGUCACCUGCCUGACUGUCCUCAGCGUCACAUCAGGCACUGCACUGCCAUGUUCUGUUUUUCUUUUGAAAUUCCUGUACACGUCUUCUCACUUUCUCCUCUCCUAUAAACCGCUCUUUUUGCUGUAAAACUUAAGUAAAAAUUUCAGUGUGACAACUUCUGAUAAGCAGACUCUCUAUGUUAAUUUUAAUCCCUUUUAAACAUGUGAAAACUAACCCCAAAAUGACUGAGACACGUUGUCCCAAACUACCAUGUUUGCUAAUUCUAGAUCUAGCUUAAAGUUAGCUUAAAACAGAACGAUGAUUGAGGUAUGACAGGAUGUCUUAAUCUCUCCUCCAACAAGUCCACAUGUUUCACUGCUGGGAUUUUUAUCUGGAAGAAGCUUAUUUUGAAAUAUAUUAAGUUAUUUUUUGUGCAAAAUGGUGCAAAAUAAUAAUAAAACUAGUAUUCCACUUGUCUGUUCCGCCCUCUGGUGACAGAUAAUUGCAAUGUGAUAACUUACCCAUAGUUCAACAAGCCCCGGUCUCCCCUACACAUUAAAUCCUUUUUUUUUUUUUAUUUAAGACAAUCUCUUUGGUUUCAUUUCUCAUACUGCCUUUAGGAUUUCACCACAUUCGUGUCCAUGCACCGGGAGCCACAGAGUCAGCUACUGUGAGAAAUGACUUUAGCUGCAUGGUAUGCAGCUCUCCACUGAAAGAAGAUGUGAAGUUUAGAGUGCUGGGAGGUGAUAGUAUCUGAUUUUUAAUGUUUACAAGUUCAAGAGGCUACAUACAAAAAAAAAAUUCUGUGCAAUGUUGUGAUUUGUAUUUGUCUGUGUGUUUUUGAAUUUGUCUUUAUGGAGACAGACAAACAGCUUGUAGAGUUAAUCCAUGUCAAAGCACUGGAUGCUCUCAGUGCCAAACAGCAAGGCUCCUUUAGGUACCAGUCUGUCACCCUGUUUCUCAGAGGUAGGUCUACAUCAGAAGAGUUAGAAGUUUGAGGGCUUUUUAUUGCUGGAAAUAAGGCUCACCCUAAUCAUUUUCUUUUUCACAAAGCUAAUCAGCCCGAUAACUGAUCAAUCAAAUAUGUUUGAUAAAUAAAACUACUUGUAGCAACAUAGUCUUAUCAAAUAUGUUUAAGAAACUCUGUGAUGUCUGUCAACCAGUGAACUGCUUUAGAAAUUGUCAACAUACAGCAACUCUGCUGAAGUCUCUAACCAGUAGCUACUUACACUGUUUUUCUUUCCUGGUGCAUAGCAUGGAAAAAAGGGUGUAAGUUGGGUGAAAGACUUGAUUUUAAUUUGAAUUUCACAACCUUUACACAGAUUUAGGACUACAUAUCAAUAUCCUGCUAUGAAAAAAAGUGUGAUGUGACUUUAAUAAUCUCAUAUAUAAUGUUCACUUCCAGUCCUGAAAAUGUGGCACCUUAUAUUUACACAGUCAAGUAUACUGAGGUUUGUCAUUAAUUCCCUCUCUUUUUAAAUGAGCUUCAUUUUGAAACAUAAACUAAGUGGGGAGUAGUUCAAAUAAAUACUUUUUUGUGCUGCUAGCCGCCUCACAGUAGUAUAUUAAGUGUUUCUGUCCCUUCUAAUAACAUUGUCCAGCCAGUACCCAUGAGAGCAUAGCAAAUCUCAGCACCGGGAUUAACAUAUUCUGUUGACCCAGUCUUGCAGAGGAAUUCAAUACACCAGGCUCCUGUUACUAAACAUAUAUGUUAAUAAGUGCAAGGAACACUCAUUAGCUGGCCGUGCUAUUCACACACAGAGAAAUCUUUGUUCAGUAGGCCUCACUCUGUGUUUGUCUUGGCACUGGUUUGUAGGUGGCAUGCAUGUUUCUUAGAUAAUCACCAUGCAGUACAGAACCUCCCCUUCUCUUUGUUUUCCCCAUUCAUGCAGAUGAGCUGUGUAACUCAAUGAGAAUCGGUCGACUCUACAGAGUGUUGGGCAUUCCUGCACAUGUGCACCAGUGGCCGAGCAUUACCUGGAGUGUGGAGGCAAAUAAUGUCCAACCGUGGGAGCCAGAGAGUGAGGCAGUAAUGUAUUUAAAAAGAGAUUCAACUAUGGUCACGAUUUAUUUUGAUAAAUCUGACCAACCGUCUAUUAUAAUGCAUGGUACCAUUUUAAGAUAGCUCUACCUGCAGGUUCCCAUAAACUCAGCACCUGCUUCCAGAAGCUCUUGGAGGCCACAGCAGGUUUCCCCUGGAGGUUUUCUGCAAUUGUGGCACAUUGCUUUGGCCUGCAUGUGGCUCCUCCAGGGCUCUAUAACACCUUAAAGCUGUGCUUGCUGCUCAGCUUGGUGCAGACGAGAGCAGGUUCAAAGGAUACUUUUAACAACUUGGAUCUCUUGGUUGUCGCCACUGACACCCUUAUACUUGACAGGCAAGGUUUACCUGAAUCUACACGCUGCAUUAGAGACCUGAGAUGGUUCUCCUCAUUACCUUUUACCCCUGUGAUUGUGUUAGGCUGAUGACAUAUGGCCUGGGCUUGGCGUGUCGUGGGGUGAGGCAUCAGGCUUCAGGGGAGAUGUUUGCAUCUCUUUCCCGGGACGAACACGGAACAGGCACAGCUAACAUACACGCUGGAUCUGCUCUGCUAGCCACUGGCGGUGUUUGCAUGCUGGGAGAUCUGGGCUGCUACAGAAAGGAAAGACUGGAUGCCAUUCAGUCAGGUAAAGCACCAAAGUGGUUCAUGUAGUAAAAUAAAAAGAUUUGUUAAUGAACACUUUAAGAACCAACAUACUUUGCUUUUCUUUUUGUCUAAAUAACUAUCAGUUCUGGAGAGCAGCACAGCGUCAGUAUUCAUACCAGGGAAGAAGUAUGGAGAGGAUGCUGACCAGCAGUUAUGCUUCCCGGUCCAAUGUAGUUUCUGGGCCAUCACAGAUGCUUCACGGCGGUCCGGGAAGGUGGAAAGUGCCAUUCUGGGAGCUGCAGUGGGUCCAAUCACAACAUGAUGUUUUAUUACUUUUGUAGAAGGUUUUAGAUAAGAGACAUAAUCUUGAUGUACAAAAGCGGUACAUCAAGAAAUGGCCUAUGAGUAAACAACCCCUAUAACCUGAUUGGCCAUUCUUAGUGCUACCCCAAAGUCCUUAAUCAUGGUUAGCAUUUUGCCUUAUCUGAGGUGGGAAAAGAUCAACUUUCCAGGCUCUGCAAGGGUUGCACAAAAUUGAGAUUAAAUGUUGCUGCUCUGUUCUCUAACACAUUUUUGUGAUGCUUGAAUGUCACUAGUCAAGAUAGUUGUUGUUAGUAGAAGGGGAAAAGGUAAAUAAAUGGUAUUCGUUCAUGUUUGUUUACACAAAUUUUCAUGCAACACCUUUAUUAUUGGUACCCUAGCCCUGAUACUCUAGCAUGACUACCCCCUGUCAAAAAAUUCUUAAUACUCCUCUGGUUAUAAUGUGCUUUAAAUGCAAGACAUGCCCCAUUUCACUCAGUGCAGAUGUUUGUAGAUCCACAUGACAAAAGAGGAAAUUGAUACAAUUACAUCUCUUCAGGAAGUGCCCUGCCCAGUAUGCAUUACUCCACAGCAGAGCCACAGAGAAAAAGCCAACACUUUAAGCAUUUUUUACCCUUUUUGCAAGGGGGAAAGUACGUGACAAGUUUAAUGAAUCCUCCAUGUUACAUUCUACUGUCAGAUUUAUUAGAGGCUCACUUGUUAUUGUAGAAAACUGUCAGGCUGACACUGAAAUAAUUCAUCAGAUGCCAUUCUGAUGCCCAGUCUUCUCCUUAUGUGCAGGAUAUGGGCCCCAUACCAAUCCAGCUGGCGGAUGCUUUUGGCCUGGUCAUUCAGUGUAGGGAUGUUGUUGGAGAGCAGACUCUUCUUGCCCAGACUGUCCACACCCUCCAGCAGGCAGUGCAGCCUGGAAAACCCCUCUAUUCAUCCAGCUGGGAGUUUUCUACUCAGGACUACCAGCAGGUUAAUAAAAGUGUAAUGUAAAAUACACUGCUUUACUUAUAUUGCUUUUACAUUGACCUAAAAUCAUAGUCGCUGCUUUUUAUCAAAUGCACCAGCUGAUCGCUCAUGCACAGGGCCUGCAAGUGGAGAUCAGCCCCGGAGCAGAGAAAAUGAUCCAUGGUUACUACAUGGCCAGCCGAAGAAUCCGAACACAGAGCCAGGGUGUCAAGAUGUCUGUGGCCUCAGUCAAAUUACUGUAAGCAAGAACCUAAAGACGUGAUGUUUAAAUGUCCUUUCAUUUCAGUUACAGUACCUUUGUAUUAGGUUAUAGAUCAUUACUUGAUGUAGUGUCACUCUUAUCCACCAGAUGGAGAACUUUCAUACUCUCAGAAGACUAUUUUUCAUUUGGUUAUGACAAAUGUUUACAAAACUAUUUCACUGUGCUGACACAUUUAAUGUAAAGCUAAAACUAUCAAAAUAAAUCUGUUUUUGACUCCAGGACAAAAGUGUCAGAGCUUUAACUCUCUGAACAUUUAUAUUAUGUUUACAUCCUACUUUAGUUUCACAGAUCAUUUUUCAUUCGUAUUAAAAGAAACUAAAGCAGGCCCUUAUAAAAGGAGGCUUUCUCUGCAAUUUUUUUUUUCUCAAAAGGAUCUCUUUGGCUGAGGCUCACUGCAAGUUAUGCCUCAGAACAUUGGUGCUGGAGGAGGAUGCUGUGAUUGCCGUGCUUCUCUGUGAGAACUCGGUCACUCUCAGGCACGGUGGGUUAAUUGUACUAAUGAAAUUUGGUUUAAAUUCAUUUGAAACCGCACUUUUAUUUAUACAAAUUUAAUGAUUCAACCUUAUACUCGGUGCAACUUGCAUUUCCUGCUCAUUUAGUUUGACUAUUCAAACAUGAUUUUUUUCUUUGCAUAUUAAACACCGUGGUUAAAUUAAUACUGUAGUUGACACAUCUCAUCAGCCCUCAGUAUUUGGAGAAUAAGCAGAGGUCUCGGUUCCUUCCUCUUUCUACAGGGGCCUCUGCUCUCGUUAUUCCACCAGAUGCAGUGUUUCCUUGUGACCUCGGUGACAUGGAUGGUUUGCACAGGAGGGACGUGACCCUGGAUGAGCUCCACCAGAUUAUUCUACGCUUUAUCUUCACCUACGCACCAGGUGCAGAUACAUACAUCACCGAAGAGUAA